AUGCCUCGAGUACCGAUUGCAAGUGAAGACGAAAGGAAAUUCAUUGUAGACGGAAUACAGUCCAAUUUUCGUAACGAUGGUCGAAAUUGUCGCUCCUACCGUCCGUUAUUACUAGCAACUGAUGUGAUCAAUACUGCAAAUGGUUCUUGUCUACUCAAACUAGGUGGUACCAUCGUUAUGGUUGGUAUAACAUUCGAAUUUAGUCGCACGAGUCAAGAUAAACCAAAUGAAGGUCGAAUAGAGGCAACUGUCGAUGGAAGUGGCUGUCGAACACUGAGAAUCUUUGGCAGACAUCGAAGACAAUAUACCAAACAAAUAGCGAGAAGUCUCAACUAUAUUCUGAAUAACCCCAAGUGUUUCGAUCUCGGUCAAUUGUGCGUGGUAAAAGGACAUCAUUGUUGGCUCGUUCACGUAGAUAUCUCUGUUCUACGUUACGAAGGAAACCUUCAUGAUGCGUGCUCGUUCGCAAUGAAAGCUGCACUGAGCGAAACGAAAGUUCCUGCUUUGAAAGUAACUCAUGAUGAGGAAACAAACGAAGUUUCUGUUGACGUCUGUGAUGAUCCAUAUCAAUUCGGUACACUCGAUGUAUCGAAUUUACCACUACUAAUCACUGUUGGACAAAUUAGUGGAGUUCAUACCGUUGAUACAACUAUCAAAGAAGAUUCUGUUACUUUAGCAAGAAUAACUUAUGGUAUAAAACCAUCCGGUUCGAUCGUUUAUAUGAACAAAGACGGUGGCGGUAGUCUCGAUGCGUUAAACAUUCGCUCCAUGGCAAAAAUUGCUAGUGAUAUUGGUCCACAAGUUAAUCAAUUAUUGAUGAAAAAAGUUCAGUUAAGUCGAGCAAAACAAGCGUCCUGGGGUCACGCUAACGAACGUCUUCUUUUCGAUGAUGACAAUUUCGUUUGA